AUGGGUUCAUGUGCGUCCAAGUCAGCUCUUGAGCAUCGUCGGAUGGAGAGGUACUACACAACAAGGAGGGGCAGAAGAGGGCGCGGCAAUCCCCGGUCAGUGAUGCCAGACGGGCCCAAGCCACGAAUUGUGGAUGCAAGAGGGCGCACCACUGACUUCUCAAUGAGCGAGAUAGUCCACGUCGAGUCAGCGCGCAAGUCAGAUCAUUCCAGUACGUUCCACCUCACCCAGAUGGAGUGGCACCACAGUGAGCGAGAUUCCACUGGUUGCUGCAAAGAAGACGCCUGGUUCGACUCUGUUAGCAUCCUUGAGGACGAUUCUGAUGAGGAGGAAUUCAAGAGCAUAGAUGGAGAUUUUUCCGACGAUGAAGAAGAAGAUGAGGAGAAUAACAAGCGAGAGAAGGCAUCACGUUUUGCUGAUACUCUCUCUCGCAUCGUCGAAUUAUGGCAGGGUGUCCCCGUGACAUUAUCAAUUGAGCAAUAUCUAAAAAGAGACGACGGUGGUGAUGAUCCUGCACGUAGGAGCCAAAGCAUGGCAAUAUGUGCCAGCAAGUGCGUGGAAAGUUCCAAGGAGAAAAAUGAUGUAGAGGACAAGAACAACAAGGAUCCUAGCACCCCGUCUCGCAUACAAAAGCUGCUACAUUCCAUUAGUUUCAAUGAAAAGAUGCAACAACUCACCUGUGUCAGCCCAGCAAAGAGGAAGUCUACAGUUAUACGGCUCUCCUACAAGAGGACAUCAUGCGACGAGGACUCCCAAUGUGGUGGUGACAUCGAGAAAAACUUGCCCACUUCCUUGACCAAUAAUCAAAGAACCUUUGGAGAAUUGAAGAAAUAUGUCAUCCGUCCCAAGGGAGGGAUGACGAUCCCAUCUGGAGGGGGAAAGCCCACACCCGGAAGAUGGUCACAGAUUGAUCCAUCUGUCUUCAAGCUAAGGAGUGAAACAUUCCUCAGAGAUAAGAAGAAAUGUCCAGCUCCGAACUAUGCCGCCUACUACCCAAUAGGCGUUGACUUGUUUGCGAGCCCCAAGAAGGUUUCACACAUUGCCGAACACAUUGAUCUUCCACAGGUCAAACCACACCACAAGCUCCCAUCACUGUUGAUCAUCAACAUCCAGAUGCCUACCUAUCCUGCUGCUAUGUUCCUCGGGGACAGUGAUGGAGAAGGGUUCAGCCUUUGUUUGUACUUCAGACUCUCCGAGUAUUUUGAUAAGGAGGUUUCAGAACAUUUUAAGGAAUCCAUCGUGAGAUUUCUUGAGAAUGAAUGUGAGAAGGUGAAAGGGUUUGCAUCAGAAUCUACAAUGGCAUAUAGAGAUCGGUUGAAAAUCAUGGCUGGAUUGGUUAACCCAGAUGAUCUCCAGUUGAGUUCCACAGAGAAAAAGCUUGUCCAAGCAUACAACGAGAAGCCAGUCCUUUCCCGCCCUCAACAUAGUUUUUAUGAGGGUGAGAACUACUUUGAGGUAGAUCUUGAUAUACACCGGUUUAGCUACAUCGCAAGGAGGGGAUUGGAUUCAUUUAGGGAACGCCUGAAGAGUGGCAUCCUUGAUUUGGGCUUGACAAUUCAGGCCCAGAAGCAAGAGGAACUCCCUGAGCAGGUCCUUUGUUGUGUUAGGUUGAACAAGAUAGACUUCAUCAAUCAUGGGCAAGUUCCAACGAUUGUCACACUUGAUGAUAAGUGAUAUACUGGAUUGUAGAGGUUUCCUUGUGCAACUUUUUGGAAGGCUAGAUAUGAAGAUCAAGAGGAACAAAACAAAAAUCAAAAUUCUAUGAGAAUUAUGCACCUGACGUGUUCAUUUAUGCCUAAUAUAUUCGCUAUGUUGCCUGCUUUCAUAGGCAGGGAUAUUUUUGAUAGAUAUAAUAUAUAACUGUAGCAGUGAAACAUGUGAACUUCUCUUGUUUUGGUAUUGUUUUGGCAAGAUAAUUCUUAAAUGAUUGUUGUAAUGAUGCAUAUGAUGUACCUUCUAACAGAUAUUGGUUAGGCACAAUAUUUUCUUGUAAAAC